AUGUAACUCCACUAGGGAUACUAGAUCUAUUCUAGUGUGUAACAGUAAUCACAGUUUCAUUGUUCAUGGCAUUAAGUAUAACUAAUAUGACACAAGAUGCGGGAUAGAAGUCGAUCUCCAAUAAGAAUUAAAAGGGAGUCACCGGAAUCGCGUGGCUCUCACCGUCGGGAAUCAUACGGCAGGGAGCAUCUCGUUCGAGUUAAAGAGGAGCUUGGCGCCAGGCCUAUACGUAUCGAUUCAAGGGGAAGGCCAUAUAAAGAUGAAGAUCGACCUCGCUCGAAAAAGAGCGGCUCUGCCAUUGUUAUAGAACCGGAAAAGGAGAAUUUCGAGCCAUCUGGUUUACUAGCAGCAGAGACCAAUACGCGCAAUGGAGUGGUUAUGAAGUACACCCCUCCUCCUGAAUCACGGAUGUCGCCUGUAUCAUGGCGACUCUAUGUAUUCAAACCUGACCCUGAAGAUCCCAAGAAUACACAAGUACUAAAGACCAUUAUGCUGGACAAGCAGGAGUAUUACCUCAUUGGCUGCGACCAGCGGGUGGCUGACAUACAGUUAUUCCACCCUACCAUAUCCAAGCAGCACGCGGUGAUACAGCACAGAUUACAGGAUAAUAAACGCGUAAGGCCCUAUUUGAUUGACCUUGAAAGUACGAAUGGUAGCUUUAUCAAUGGAGAGCGUAUAGAAAAGAGUAGGUACUACGAGUUGAAAGAAAACGAUAUAUUAAAGUUCGGUUUCUCCAGCAGGGAGUACGUGGUACUCCAUGACAAGUGCGUGUGACUGGUGCACAUGAUUACUGUGUAAUAAUC